UCACACUUAUGAACUCACACUGAAAGUUUAUAUUAACGCCACGAUGCCGGGCUAUGGAAGGGUAUCCCGGCGAAUAUCUCGUCAACUAGUGGAUGGAUUCUUACCAAAUUUUAAACCCACGGAGGACUAUUAUUAUGGAGUUGUGAUUUGUUGAUAUUUUGUGUGUAUGUUACGCCCGAGGGGCUAGAAAAGGGACCACGCCUUCCAUUCAGUGUGUAUGACCUAGUUAUUGCGCUGAUAGAAGUUAUAUACAGUGUGUGUGACUUUCCCCUAACGUUACACUAUUAAAUCAUUCUUCUCACAAAUGUCUACAGGUUCAGUCGGGAAUUAUAUUAAUCCAGUAUUCAGCAGUUGUUUGCUUGUUUGUUAUGGUACUAAAACCCUUGUUUACCUAUAUUGUACAUAUUUGGAAAUUAUGCCAAAGAUAGUGCGCUGAAAGAUUAUUUUAUUUAAAGUGAAUAACCCUUUGACGUAUAGUACUCAUUGGACAAGGAAUGAGGAGAGGUGUUCAGUUGGAAUUUAUUAAUUCACGCUGCAUUUAUUUCAUUUUUAGUCCCAAACUCCGCCAAGUUAAAAAUUACCUAAUCAACCCGACGACAUGAUUUGGAGGAGUUUGCCGUCAUGUGAAACGCCACGAAGAAUCUUUAUGUUAUUUUGUGACUAUAAUGAGUCCAAAUGCUUGGUAUACAGGCAAGCGCCGAGUUCAUUCUCGAUGGUUACGAAUUUUCUGUGUUCUGUCAGUACUAAUAGCGGUGUUUCCCCUAAAUACGAAAGCCGUAAGGCUGCAGGAUUUAUAUAAAUUUAAUACGACGAAUGGAGAUAAGUUAACGGAUUCAACGGACGAUGGGGGAUCCGGACCAAUCAAUAUUACUGUCAGUUUUCCAUUCUUCACCAAAAAACACGACAAACUUUACGUAAACAAUAAUGGUGUCAUAUCGUUCCUAAAAGAACUCAAAGAUUACAAGCCAAGCGAUUUCCCGUUGAAAGAUGAAACACCGAUUAUAGCACCUUUUUGGGCGGACGUCGACGUAACAAAAGGCGGGAGAGUGUGGUAUCGUGAAGACACACAUCCACAUUCUUUACACCGAGCAACUUCAGAAGUUAAUAAAUUUUUUCCCAAUGAAAGAAAUUUCCAAGCCACGUGGAUAUUUAUAGCUACGUGGGAUCACGUGUGUUUUUACGGAGCAGCAGGUGAUGGUGAAAACAAGAAAAAUACAUUCCAAGCAGUUCUAAUUACAAAUGGCAAGAUAUCUUUUGUGAUAUUUAAUUAUGAGAAGAUAGAGUGGACGACAGGCUCCAACAGUGGCGGGGAUACAACCACAGGCCUUGGCGGUAACCCUGCCCAGGCUGGUUUUAAUGCCGGAGACCAAAAGACAUUCUACGAGAUCCAGGGUGCUAGAAACGAGGCUGUUAUAAACUUAACUCUGACCAGCAACGUCGGAAUCCCGGGCAAAUGGUUUUUCAAAGUCGAUUCGGCCCAAACUCAAGAACGGUGUUCAAAUUCAGGUUCUGGACCAGUGAACUUAUGGCCACAACCGGGAAACAUGUUAGGGGGGUAUUUUGUGAACAUUACAAGUCCGUGUUUCAGUAUAGGUGAUAAAUUGACAGGUCGUAUUGACGACACUAAUCAGACAUUCCCAUGUGAAGUUCUAGACGAAUCUAAGGCUAGGUGUGUUUUUCCUACAAUAUUUCGGACUGGACGUUUAAAUUUUUCUUUAAAAAUUAACGAAUCGGGUUGGAAUUAUACAGGCUUAUAUACCGUUGUAAAUUUAGCUCACACCCACGGACAAGUUACACGUGUAGACCCCACGAAAUGGAUAGCAAAACAAAAUGGUAUAACCAAUGUUAGAGUAGAAUGGGACAAGACCGUUUGGGAAGGUUCAGGAAUUCCGUCCAGUAACGUUCAUAUUCAACUUCUAACUUAUAAGGAAACUAAAACAGGGCCAGAAUUCAUUGAAGUGAAAACAAACGGGGAAGUCUUCACAAAUUCAGGAAAAUCUAAUUUAAAGUUACCAAAAAUGGAACCUGACGAGGUUUUGGCUGUAAUUAAAAUCAGUUGUGCGUCUUUUAAUAAAACAGAUAGUUGGUUACCAGCAAUUUGGUCUGAUGUGUUUUUUGUGCGAUGGGAAGGAACAAGCCAAUCAGAAGAACUGUGUAAUGGUUGGUUAGGCAUGGAGUCACAGACGUCGAAUGUUACGUUGAGCGAACCGUGCCCGUGUACAUUAGGACAAGCUGUUGGUGAUACAGGAAGAUAUCAACCUUAUCCGUUAUGUGACUCGACUUCCACGGCUGUCUAUAAUUGUUUAUACAAACCUGGUGCUGCCACCUGCUUAAUACCAAAUUAUAUUGGAUCUCGAGCCAACAGUGAGGUGUGUUGUUACGAUAAAGACGGUGAAUUAUUGGACGCGCGGGAAAGUGAGGGAGGGGGAACACUAACAAGAUAUCAUUACCGUUCUCAGGGAGAUCAGGGAGACAAUAUUGUGCCUUUCUUCACUUAUCUGAAAUCAGAUAUAUUGCCUUCUCUUCACUGCUGUCAAUAUUCAACCAAUCAAACUCUGUGUAAAGAAUUUCUUCACUAUCGACUUCCUGCUACAUGUCAAGGUUACGAACCACCAGCUGCAGCACAAGCAGCAGGAGAUCCACAUCUUGUUACAUUAGAUGGUAAAAGUUUUACAUUUAACGCUGUCGGAGAAUUUAUUUUAGUUGAAGAUAAAAACAAAUCAGUCAUAGUUCAGGUUAGAGCAGAUCAAGCUAGAGAUAUUAACGACACAUUACAAAAGGCCACCAUAUUUAGUGCUAUAGCAAUGCAGGUUAUGAAUACAUCAGAUCGUUUAGAGAUUUUAAGGGAUGAAGAGAAACUUGUCAAAGUUUUGGUUAAUGGUGAAGAAAUUGAACAAACUGAUUUAGACUCUACCUCACAAUUAAAUGGUUUAACAGUAUAUAAGAAUAAUACAGGGAAUGCCACCUCACAGUUAACUGUUGUAAUGGAUUCUGUGGGAAUGUCUGUAUUAGUCGAAGCUACACAAGAUCUCUUAAAUAUCAUGAUUAUGGUUGGAUCACCAACAUUAAAAGGUCAACUUGAAGGGUUGCUAGGUAACUAUAACGGUGAUCCGAAAGAUGAUUUUUUAAGUCGUAAUGGAACUUCAAUAUCAAGUGAAUCUACUAUGAAAGAUAUCCAUUAUGGAUUUGGAAUGUCAUGGGCUGUGCCAGAAAAAGACAGUUUAUUUACAAGGGAUGUUGGAUUGAGUUCUGUGGCCGCUAACUCAUCUUUUGUGCCUGAUUUUAUAGAUUCUAUUAAUCUAACUGUGUCAAACGAAACAAAUAAAAUAUGUGGUGAAAACAAACAAUGUAGAUAUGAUUUAGAUAUCACCAAAAAAGAAAGCAUUGCGCAAGCAACCAAAAAGUUUGCAACGCUUUUCGAAGAACGAAAGAAAGGCACACAACCAGUUGUUCGAUGUCCGUUUGUAGAUGAAAUAACCAAUGGUAACAGAACCGUGAGUGGAUAUAAGCCAGGAUCUAACGUAACAUUUGUAUGUCAUGAAGGAUUUCAGUUUAUUCCUCCUGUCACAAGUGUUGUUUUAAAAUGUCAAGCAGAUGGUACCUGGAGUGGCGUAUUUCCACGUUGUGUCCAAGAGAAAAAGGCACCGUCAAGUUUAACUCCCAAACAGGCAGAACUGAUAGGCAUGGUAUUGGGUGGCUUUAUUUUAGUGCUUGUUAUUAUAAUUGGUAUUGUACUAGUCAGCAGAGUGUGUAAAAAACGAUGUGGUGCACCCAAAAAACGGUAUACAAGUGGUGAAUAUGAAUCCGUAGAAAUACCAGAACUGUUUACUCCCUCAUCAUCAGACAUUCCAUCUCCCGUCUUUGAAAACCCUUCCUUUUUAGAAAGCCUCCAAAAAUUAAGCAGCGACGCAGGGCGUUUUAAAAUACCCCGCCCGGACUAUGUAGAUCCAAAUAUAUAUUCAGAAUACUUUUAGCGUUAUUGAAAAUAAAGUGUUUAAAUGUUACAGCUUGUGCUGGAUUUAUCACCAUAGAAACAAUUACUUGUGGAGGAUAAUGAUCAGUGAUUGUCUGACUGAAUUGUUGUGUUGUCAUAGUGAUAAGAACCAUGUGACAAGGGAAGAUAAUUCAGAGGAUAUCUGUACUAUUUUGUAAGUGCAAAGUUUUGUUCAUUACAGAAAAAUAAAAAAGAAACUGUGAUUCACAGAGAAUCAAGUAAAAACUAUUCCAGAUGAGUAUAAUAUAUAUAUAUAUGUAUGUAUAGUAAAAAUAUUUAUUACGGAUGUUUUUGUUCGUGGAUUAUAACAAAUCCAAGAACGGAAAAGAACAUAUUUAAAACAGAGGACGAAAAUCGUGUUGUUUGUUUGAAAGUCAGAGAGAAUAGUGCUCGAGAGAAGUAAAUUUGAAUUGAAAAGAGAAAUGCAAAUUAAAGAAUCAAGUCAGUUUGACUUUAUAUCGACUUAAAGGGAUAAUAAAGUCAUCCGACGAAUGGUUUUAAAAUAUAAUAAAUAAACAACAAACAAAUGCAUUUCAUCAUCAUAUGUGUCUAGUGUAUGUGUGCGUUGAUAUAUUUGUUACGGAAAUCAAUCAAUCAAUCAAUCACCAAUUGAUGGAAUGUAUUGAUCAUUAUAAACUGAGACAACAUCGCCAAAGAAUUAAGUACAUAUAUUGUUUGUAUUAGUACAUGUGUCACAAUAUUUGUGUAUAUGACUCCUUAGUGGUUUUUUAGUUAGAAUAAAUUAACAAUAAGAUUUUUUUUUUUUUUUUUUUUUGCAUUGAUAUCGUGUGUAUUCCAAAUUCCAUUUAAAAUUUCAUAUACGGGUGAAAAAAAUUAGUCUACACGUUGUAUGCUUAGUUGUUGCUAGGGAUCGUAUAUUUUGCACCGUUAAAUGUAUAUUAUUAUUAUUAUUAUUUUAAUUAUUAUUAUUAUUAUUAAUGUAUUCAAGACCGUUGUCAUUAUACUUAAAUAUGUGAAUAUUAUAAUAAGCCAACAGUUUCAUAAUAUCAGUAGACAGGAGCCUAAAAUAAACGAUGAUAUCCCUCCAAUUAUUAAUGCGGCAUGCGACAUUAUCAUCCCCAACCCAAUGGUGUAUCACAAGUGCCAUUGCAAUUCUGUCAAUUUCCAAGAGUCUGUUAUAUAUACGUAGAGUUAUACUCUCUGAAGAUAAUGGUUUGAUUGGAAUCAGGGCUUGUAUUUCAGGCAUAUUUGCCAGACGUGGCUGACAGCAAUGAAAUGGACCAGCUGGUCCCCCAUUCAGUUCCACACUACUGUUCUUUGUGGGGUUGCAGCAAUCACACAAUUUGGGACAUCGUCAUUUUUCUUGGCCUGUACCAUAAGGCUGGGGUCUUGGUCAUAAAAUUUAAUAUAUUUUAAGGUUACUCACAUUUCAUUGGCUUAAUUAAGGCCAAAAUCAUUUAUUGGCUAAUAAAAAGACAGUAUUCUUAAAAUAUUUUAUUUUUAUAUAAUGCGCGGUGGAGUCUAUUUGAAGGGAGUGAAUACUCUGAAGACUUUAUUUAUAUGUAGUCUCUAUCAUCCAGACUAAAGAUGAACACUACCCUGAUUUGGUCUGCGCAAACUUUUGACAUUUCAAUCAAUGCCUAUUUACAAUUUUUCCAAUUACCACAUCCAAAUUCGAAAUUCUGUUGUAGAAUAAAAAUGAUACGUUGUAGCCUGAAAUCACCCUUUUCGUUGGAUUGUCAAUAUUUUUGGGAUUGAGAGAACUGAAUUCCAGAAUGUUCAAUGGAGUACCCCUAUGGAUCAUAUAUUAAGGCACUUCUGCUCACUUUCUUCAAUUCUUCUCCUGACCUUGACCCUGUGACAUAAUAAUUUUUACAAACACAGAAAGUAGAAUCAUUUUUUUAAAUAUUUAUUUUAACCUCCAUAAUCUCUAAAGCAUAAAAAAUUAUAAGUAAUAAAAAUUAAGAUUUAUUUUUUUAUAAUAAUAAGUCAACUCUGAGCUAAGCAUAAUUUCAUUUACAUCUUUGAGGCUUUUUUUUAAGGAAUAAAUAUUGUUAAUAAAUAAUAAAAAUUAAGAUUGUUUUUUUUUAUAUAUAUAUAUAUAAUAA